GGCAUACGUCAAAAACAGCUGGAGAAAAGUUAAUAACCUGUCGUUCAACUCAUUGUAUUAUUGUUUAUUUUCUAUAUAACUUUCUAUCACAUGUACGUGAUAGAAAAGUAAGUUAAUUAUUGAUUUUAGAACGAAUUAAAACGUUUGAACGUAUAGUGAAAGUAUGAAGCCCUCAAUCGAUGUAGACUCACUCCGCUCGGAGCACGAAUCAGAUGAACAGUGGGAAGUGAGGAGAAUGUUUAUGCUGGAACACAAGGACAAUUUCGAAGAGGAGGAGCUGAUAACACUGGCCCAGCUGUUCACUAAUAUUGAGUUUCUGGGUUGCCGUUACCCACCAGCCACUAUGAAGAGAAUAGCGAAAUUAGCGGAAAAAGUCUCGGCGAAAUAUAAGGAGAGUCGGAAGAAUAAGCUCAAACGAACUUUUGUGCAAGCCAGCGAUGCGGCGGAGCAAAAGGCCAAGAGGAGUUUUAAAUGAAUCUUACUUUGUUUUUUUUAUAUAAUAACUGAUGGCUUAAAAGUCUUGUAUCCAAGGUAUUAAAUUUUCAACAAAAAAAA